AUGGAGCAGCACAGUGGAAGCCUCGCAAACGAAAACGCCGUGCCUGGAUGGGCUCAACUCAACUCCGCUUCGCAGCUGGAGGCCCCCGUCCACCCCUACAGCCGUCUACCACUGGUCAUCUUAAUCCCCGGUCGAGAACUUGAACAACGAAAUGAACACAAUUGCCCCAUCUGUCGUAUGCGCUUCGACCCCAAGCAAAUUGCCGAGGCUUCUGCAACGGAUGCACUGGGUCGCCACUGCAUGUUGGUCAAAUCCAUUCUGAACAUCAACAACAGACUCGGGAACCAUCCUACACGGAGAAACAUGCUCUUCAACCUUUUGAAGAGAUGGUUGGGUUUGGAGAAAAAACCGGCGCCCGUGAAAGAGGAGGCCCACUCCUUCGCGCAAUUGAAAAAGCUGUUUGCUGAGGCGGAGCCGACGUGUCCUGGACCGCCCGUGAUGCUGCAAUGCGGCCACGUCUUCGGUGCACAAUGCCUGUUUGACGAUAUCAAGACACAAAAGGCCAAUGGCGGGUGUACUUUGUGUGCAUACUGCCGCCAGCCGUUGAAAUGGAACAUCAUGAAUGUCCAGGCCUACGGCGCAAUCUACGACACCGCCAUGGCGCAAUCUACAAAAACCAGGACACGCUACCUGGCCGUCGCUUUCACUAAAGUACUCGUCGAGGCUAGAGACAUGGCUUCCAGACUCGCCGAUAACAAAGAAUGGAAAAAGGUUGUGGGAGCCCACAGUCGUUCCGCAGUCCUGACAUUCAAAGCCCGCAGACGCAUCCGCGGCUACCGCCCCUAUCUCACUCGCGAUCUGAUCGACCCAGAGAUUGCCUUUCAAAGAUUGUCCCAGGAAUUUAUCAAAACCUUUCCAAACUCCUCCGAGGCAGACCAAAGACUGUACAUGACCUUCAUAAAGGUAGUCAUUGGUCGCGUCAUCGAUGAGCAACUCUGGAACAAGGGUUUAACCAUCCAGUAG